AACUAAAAUGAAUAAAAACAUGUUGCUUCGCUCUGCUCGGCCAACCCUAGCCUCCCUUUGCCGCCUUUUCUCCGCCGCCGCCGCGACGGUGGACACGGCGACGGCAGCCGUGGUGAAACCUCGCAGCGGAGGAGGAGGAGGAGCGACCAAUAGAAAAGAAACGGUAGUUGGAGGAAGAGACACUCUAGGAGGAAGAUUAUUAAGCCUUGUGUAUACUAAACGCAGCGCCGUUGUUACUAUCCGGAAAUGGAAAGAAGAAGGCCAUUCCGUUCGUAAAUACGAACUUAAUCGAAUCGUUAGAGAGCUUCGUAAGAUCAAACGCUAUAAACACGCUCUUGAGAUAUGUGAAUGGAUGGUUCUACAGGAAGAUAUAAAGUUGCAAGCUGGUGAUUAUGCUGUGCAUUUGGAUUUGAUUUCUAAAAUCCGUGGUUUAAACAGUGCGGAGAAGUUUUUCGAAGAUAUGCCGGAUCAAAUGCGAGGUCAUGCUGCUUGUACAUCUCUUCUACAUAGUUAUGUGCAGAACAAGUUGUCUGAUAAAGCUGAGGCUUUGUUUGAGAAAAUGGGUGAAUGUGGUUUCUUGAAGUCUUGUUUGCCUUACAAUCAUAUGUUAUCGAUGUAUAUAUCGAAAGGGCAGUUUGAGAAAGUCCCGGUGUUGAUUAAGGAAUUGAAGAUGAAAACAUCGCCUGAUAUUGUUACUUAUAAUCUAUGGCUGACUGCGUUUGCUUCUGGAAACGAUGUUGAAGGUGCGGAAAAAGUUUAUCUUAAGGCGCAGGAAGCGAAGCUGAAUCCGGACUGGGUGACUUAUAGCGUGCUAACGAAUUUGUAUGCUAAGACUGAUAAUCUCGAAAAGGCGAAACUUGCUUUGAAGGAGAUGGAGAAAUUAGUUUCUAAGAAAAACCGGGUUGCUUAUGCUUCUCUCAUAAGUCUGCACGCAAACUUGGGUGACAAAGAUGGAGUCAACUUAACUUGGAAGAAGGUUAAGUCGUCUUUCAAGAAAAUGAAUGAUGCGGAAUACCUUAGCAUGAUAUCUGCAGCGGUGAAGCUCGGUGAAUUCGAACAAGCCAAAGGUUUGUACGACGAAUGGGAAUCUGUUUCUGGAACAGGAGAUGCUAGAAUCCCAAAUUUAAUUCUGGCCGAGUACAUGAACAGAGACGAGAUUCUUCUAGGAGAGAAGUUUUACGAACGAAUUGUGGAGAAAGGGAUAAACCCGAGCUAUUCUACAUGGGAAAUUCUCACUUGGGCUUAUUUGAAGCGUAAAGACAUGGAGAAAGUUUUAGAUUGUUUUGAGAAAGCCAUUGAUUCUGUGAAGAAAUGGACUGUGAAUGUAAGAUUGGUUAAAGCAGUGACCAAGGAACUCGAGGAACAAGGGAAUGUUAAAGGAGCAGAGAAGCUAAUGACUCUACUCCAAAAGGCUGGUCAUGUGAACACUCAGCUCUACAAUUCCUUAUUACGUACUUACGCUAAAGCCGGGGAAAUGGCACUCAUAGUUGAAGAGCGAAUGGCAAAGGAUAAUGUAGAGUUAGAUGAAGAGACUAAGGAGCUUAUAAGACUAACCAGUCGAAUGCGUGUGACUGAAAUCUCGUCCACCAUUUCUUAGCCUGAAAGCUGCAGGGUUAGUUUUGGACUGCAACUUUCACAAACGAGGAAUACAGAAAACAUAUUGGAGUGAAUCCAUGAAGCUUUUUGUUUGCAAUAUUGAGAGAGGAUAACCAGUGAGUUUGAAGAACACCGUUCUCUGAAAGUCUGUACCAAUCGAGAUACUUGUCUUGAAGCAGUAACAUUCGACUUGCUCUGACAAUUAGAGCUUGAGUAGAGUGUCCAAAGCUGCAGAGGAAUGAAGUUGCUGCGAAGAU